GUCCGCGAGCUGGGGGUUGGACCGCUACAAGCGAAACCGAGCAAAAGAGUUUUAAAUGUCCGCCAUGUUGUCCAUGGCGCACUGAACCAGCGGUAGGGAGCGGAGCGUCGGAAAAAAAUAGUCCGAGAGAGAGCGACCAAGAUCCGGGCCUUCCCCCGGCUCCGUUGGCGACGCCCUAAAUACAAGCUACAAGCAGCCGAACGUUAGAAUAGAGACAAAAACCGCACAGAAACAUCCAUGAAAGCUCCACUCGGCACCGUUGUGACUAUUAGGAGACCGGAUAGAUUUAUAUUGCAUCUCGAAUUGUGAAAAAAGAAUGAGUAAAUUGUCGUUUCGGGCACGGGCGCUGGACGCUUCCAAGCCACUACCCGUCUUCCGUUGUGAGGAUUUACCCGACCUACACGAAUAUGCAUCCAUUAACCGGGCAGUGCCGCAGAUGCCUACGGGGAUGGAGAAAGAAGAGGAAUCGGAACACCAUCUCCAGCGGGCCAUCUCAGCGCAGCAGGUGUACGGCGAGAAGCGGGACAACAUGGUCAUCCCGGUCCCCGAGGCGGAGAGUAACAUCGCCUACUACGAGUCCCUCUACCCCGGGGACUUCAAGAUGCCAAAGCAGCUAAUUCACAUACAGCCUUUCAGCCUGGACACAGAGCAGCCCGACUACGACCUGGACUCUGAUGACGAGGCCUUCGUCAUUAGGUUGAAGAAGAAGAUGGAGAUCAGCUUCUUGCAGUUCGAGGAGAUGGUGGACCGGCUGGAGAAAGGCAGCGGACAGCAGCUGGUGAGCCUCCCAGAAGCCAAACUGCUUCUGAAGGAAGACGAUGAGCUCAUCAAGGAGGUCUUUGACUACUGGAGCCGCAAAAGGAAAGGCUGCAAGGGCAGCUCACUCAUCCCCAACGUCAAGCAAGAGAAGCGGGAUGGCUCCAGCACCAGCGACCCGUAUGUGGCCUUCAGGCGCCGCACAGAGAAAAUGCAGACCAGAAAGAACCGAAAGAAUGACGAGGCGUCGUAUGAGAAGAUGCUGAAGCUGCGCAGGGACCUGAGCCGAGCCGUCACAAUCCUGGAAAUGAUCAAGAGACGGGAGAAGAGCAAGAGAGAACUGCUGCACCUCACACUGGAGAUCUUUGAGAAGAGAAACGUCAUGUCAGACUUUGGUGGGGAGGUGAUGGCGGAGGUGCUGGCCCAGCGGGCGCUGGUGAGGCCACAGAUUAUUCCCCUGGUCCCCCUCACCAACCAGUACCGACAUCAGGACCACAUGGACCUCAAGGACUACAAGUCCAAGCCCGAGAAGACGGAAGUCCCCCGGCAGAAGAGGAAGUACGAGAAGAAGCAGAAGGUGCUGCCUCUGUCGUCGGGCGCCGCCCACCACCCGGGUCCCGUCGUCUUCAACGCCAAGGACCUCAACCAGUACGACUUCCCGAGCUCGGAUGACGAGCCAUUCUCCCAGCUUCACUCGGGCUCAUCAGAAGCAGAGGAGGAGAACGACCCGGACGGUGCCUAUGCCUUCCGCAGGAAAGCAGGCUGCCAGUACUACGCUGCGCGUCAGGAGCGUGUGGGCAGCUGGCCGUGGUGUGGACCCUGGGAGGGCGGUUUGGCAGACGCCCGCUACCGUUACAGUCUCACCACGCUCACUGUGCCGCGGCGCUGCCUGGGCAUGGCCCGAAGACGCGUGGGACGAGGGGGCAGGGUGCUGCUGGACAGAGCGCACACGGACUACGACAACGUUUUCCACGGACUGGAUCCAGAAAUGCUCGACCUGCCUCUUUCUCCUUCUCCUCCUCCUCCUACAACUACUUUGCGCUCACCGGCCGCCGACAAGUUUGCCAGUACCUCAGAAACAAAUACCUCGAACAGAAGCUCCUCCUCCUUCAACUCCUCUCCUCCCUCUUCCUCUCCCUCCUCUACGGACCUCAGUCAGAUACUGUUGAAUAUAAAGGCUUGCCGAUGGAGGCACUUUAGGCCGCGGACACUACCACUACAUGAGCUGGACAAUGCCCAUCCGCUAUUCAGGAGGCUGAGCCGGGGCCUGAAGCGCCCAGUCUCCACCUCCACACUGGGGAGUCAGCUCGGCGGCACCCGGCUCUCGGGCAGGGCGGCCGCCGCACCCACACCCGUCGCUGCUUUCACGGCCGAACAGUACCAGCAGCAUCAGGAUCAGCUGGCCCUGAUGCAGAAACAGCAGCUGGAGCAAGUCCAGCAGCAACAGCAAGCCAACAGCACCGCCACUGCCAACAGCACACAGGGUCUGGUGUCGAAGACGUUAGACCAGGUCAGCGCUCAGUUUGCCGCCUCGGCCCUCGUCACCGCCGAACAGCUGCUGGCCCUCAAGACCAAGGAGGAGUUGGUCCUGGGAGGCGGAGUCAACGGCGUCCUCUCCCCCUCAGGUGUCUACAAGGGCUUGCUCCCGAGCACAGCGUCCCCAUCCCCUGCUGCCCCGGCCACGCCCUCCACUACCCCAAGCCCCGCCUUCCUGCACCCCAGCACCACCACCACCUCCACCUCCGCCACCAGUAACAACAACGGCACCGCCCACCCCGCCAACACCUCCACCAACACCACUACCACUAACACCGCCACCACUCAGGUCCUGCUGGGAAACAACAACAACAACAGCCUCCGUCUGGGUGUUCCCACCGCCAAGCGCGCCCACGCCCCCCGGACGCUCAGCACCGCCGUGUCGACGUCUGCCUUAAAGCUCGCCGCCGCGGCUGCCGCUACCGCCAACUGUCAGAAACCCAAGGUCACCACGGCCUCGGCCUCGCCGUUGGACAUUGUGCCCAGGGAGAAUCACGAUCAAGACAAGCCAGCACUGAACAGUCUAUCAGAGAACACAGUGGCCAUGGAAGUUACGUAGCCUCCUGCAUGCGGCACGGGGGAAGCCUAACUCCUUCAUUUUUUUAUUUUUUUUUAUUUUAUUUUUUUUUUUAGGUGCUAUGCAUCUUCUGUGAGAGUUGUGAGUGCAAGCGGCGGCGGAAUGCGCACAGCGACGCUGUGUUUCCAUGGCAACUGUUUUGGGACUUAAUUGCAAUGCUCGUCUCGUACAAUGUUUCUGUUUUGUUUUUUUUUUUUGUUUGUUUGUUUGUUUUGUUUUUUCUCCCCUCCCAUUUCCCUAUUUGUUACUGUUAAUAAGAGAUCAACGUCUGUAAAUUAUGAAUAUGGCAAUUAUAUGUACAGUACUGCAUAUUUGUAAUACCCCCCGCUCCCUCCCCCACCCCACUCCUCUUCUUGUAUAUAACAUUACUUGAAUACAGAAUUGUUCAUUUGUGAUGUUUUGCACUCGGGAUAUUAAAAAAAAAAAAAAAAAAAAAUCAAAUUAAAAAGAGAAAACGACAAACUGCAACUGGUGCGAGUGUGAGAUGUGAGAGUUGUACCACAGAAAAGUGUGUGUCAUCACGUGCAUGGUGCAGAACCUGCUGUUGGAUCUAUUUAUUGUGCCGUGUUUACAAAAGUUUUUUUUUUUUUUUCCCGUUUGUUUGUUUGUUUGUUUUGUUCUGUUCAUCUGUUUUCUGUUUUGGUUCUUUGUACACUGUACCCCCUCUCCCCCCACUGGUUCCCCGUGUUGCAGUCAGUGUUUAGCUAAAGAUAAACUUUUCUCUCUGUUUUUUUUUUUUUUUUUUUUUUUUUUUUUUUAAAUGUUGUGAACAUGGCCGGGGGCUCGCCUGUUGUGUUCGGUGUUGCAGUGUGUCGUGUCGAACCCACGGCGACAAGCGUUCAUACGGGUUCAGACGCAGGGCAGAAGAAGAAGAAGAAAGGUGUGAAUUUGUUUGUUCCAGGCAUCAGUUUGUCAGUGGGUUAAUCAGUUUCCGUAAAAGCUCUUCCAUACAUAAAUUAUUCCUGAGACAAGUAACAAAAACAAACAAAAAAAAAAAAAGAAUAGGGAUGAAGACUCUUUCCCAGAAGACCUUGCUGCUUCUGACUUAUCUAAGCACUAUAUAAUUUUUACUUUUUGUUUUGUUUCGUUGGUUGAUGCUGCUUUUUGUAUGAUUUUUUUUUUUUUUUUCGGUCUCUGGUUUGCACCAGCAGGCCUAAUUAACCUUUUUGUUGUUGUUUUUUUUUUCCCUAAAAGAUAAUCCCCUCCCCAGUAUCCACUCAUUUUGUGAAAGAAUUAUUUUUGUACCUCCCUUUUUUUUUUUUUUUAAUUGUAUGCUCCUCAUCGAAAGACUUCAUUCUUUGUUACUUGUUGAUCUAAAAUGAAAAAAAAAAACAAAACAAACAAAAAAAGCUAUAAGGGAGAAAGAUGCAGUAACUGUUGGACAUUUAUCAUCAUUCCAGUUUAUACAUACUACAAGAAGAAAAGAAAAUAUGUAUUAAGUGAAAAAAAAAAAUAAAACAAAGACCGUUUUCUCUGCUUUUAGAAUUCUCCAGAAGGCUGCAAGGCCAUGAACCACAAGUUAUCGGGUGCCUUCCUUUGGAAAAAAAAAAAUACUAAAAAAUAAAAAUGAGCUCUCUUCUGUGAAGAGUUUGGUACUGAACAAGGCUACUUGUAGUUUCUCUUUGUCUGUACCACAGUCCCAGUGCCCAUUCCAAUGGCCGAGUUGAUUCAUGAGUUUUGUUUGUUUGUUUUUGUAGACCCCCUCCCCCACCCCCUCCCCUUCCACAUGAAACAUGGGAAAGACAAAGAAUCCUCUUGAAUUCUCACAAAAUGAAAUAAAAA